AUGGCAAAGGAAUGCAGUUGGACGAAUACAGAGGAUGAGAUCCUCAGGGCUGCUCUUUCGAAAUAUGGAACCAACCAAUGGACUCGUAGCUCUUCAUUACUCGUUCAUAAAUCCGCUACGCAGUGUAAAGCGCGUUGGUAUGAGUGGCUUCAUCCCUCCAUUACAAAGAUUAAAUGGACCAGAGAAGAAGAAGAGAAGCUGCUUCAUCUUGCUAAGUUCAUGCCCUCUCAAUGGAGAACAAUCGCUCCUAUUGUGGGACGCACUCCAUCACAGUGCCUAGAACAUUACAAGAAACUUCUAAAUUCGAUCUACGGGAGCGGCAACAACGUUGUUGAUGAACCAAGUACAGACCGCAACUGCAACACUGGUGGUGGAGCACCAUCACAGCCACGUCAGAGAAGUAGAGCUAGAAGAUUCAGGCCCAUGUUUCUUAUCUUUCUUGUAAACCUCGUAUUAUGUUUUCUUCAAAAACUUGUUCUUAUUGCAGAGAGGAUUAAGGCUCUGCACGAACUCAUCCCAAAUACCAACAAGGUAAACGAAUUAGGCAGUUACCCCAACCUCGAUCUAAGAAUUUCAGCAACAAAGUCAAGAAGCAAGCACUAG